AUGACUGAUGUUAAAACAGCUGUUGCUUAUGAUGGCUACACUCUCGCUGAUAUACCUCAAGACGACAUGCUGAUUACAAGAAUGUAUUUGAUAGAAUUCGCCACAAUUUUUGUUGUACAUACUAUAAUUUUUGAUAUGACCCAACCUUCACGUAAAAUAUUUUCUCUUGGAUUGUUUUACGGGAAAUUUCGUAGAAUUAUUAGAAAAGUGUCUAAUUUAUCGCAAACAUGGGGAAAUUCUCCGGGAAGAAAUGUCGCCUACUCUCCAUGUUAUGGC